UAUGAGGCGGGGAACCGCAGGAAAGAGGGGGGGCCGGUUCUUUCCCUGGCGAUUAACAAUUCUGGUUCCUUCAGCUCCGUUAAAAUCAUCAAGUUCAACGAAAGAAAAACUCUCAGCUUCACAGGCUUGGACUAUGUCGAAUCGGACUCUCAUCUGGAUAGGCCUCUGAAGACUUGUUUAUUUGACAAAUCACUAACACCGGGAGGCAUCAUGGCAAGCAAGCCGAACUACGUCUUGGUCACUGGAGCAACAGGCUUCAUUGGCGCCCACGUUGUCGACGUCCUCCUCUCUCGAGGCAUCAAGGUUCGAGGCGCGACCCGCUCCCCCGCCAAAGGUCAUGCCAUGAUCGAGGCCAGGCCACACUUUGCCGACAGACUAGACUUCGUGCAAGUCCAAGACUUUGAGAACACGGGCAUUUUUUCCGAAGCGAUCAAAGACGUUGAUGCCGUUAUUCAUGUUGCCAGCCCAUUCACCUACGAUACCAAAGACAACGAGAAGGAGCUUAUCAUACCGGCCAUCAACGGCGUACGCUCCAUCCUGGAGGCAGCAGUGACAAAUUCCAAAAUUAGCCGCGUCGUCAUCACGUCUUCGUUCGCAUCGGUCCUGGACGCCAACCGCAAAGCGCCCCCCUACUUCACAUACACGGGCGACGAUUGGAACCCGCUGACCUACGCCGAAGCUGCAGCACCAGAAACAAGUGCCGUCGUCGCGUACCGAGGCUCCAAGAAGUUUGCCGAGCUCGCCGCCUGGGACUUUGUUAAACAAGAGAAGCCGCACUUCGACAUCGUGACGCUGUGUCCCCCGAUGACGUUCGGCCCGGUCGUACACCCAGUCGGCAGCGUCGACGAGCUGAACGAGUCCAACGCCAUGCUCUGGAGGAUCGCAAGCGGAGAGACGCCUCUCCCCGUGGCCCGGGUCCCCUUUUGGAUCGACGUCCGAGACCUCGCCGUCGCGCACGUCGAGGCGCUCCUUCGGCCCGAAGUUGGCGGCAGGAGAUACGUGCCGACCGCGAACGACCGGUUCUCGUACGGCCUGGCGGCCAGAAUCAUUAUCGAGAACUUUUCUUGGGCCAAGGGUACCGUUGCUGAGGAGGAGCAUAAGAUCGACGAGUCACACGGCCUGGACGGGGAAACCGCAGCGAAAGAGCUGGGACUGGAGUACCUCACGUUCAAUGAAACGGUCGUUGACCUAGUUAGGCAGGCUAAAUCUUUGAAGAGUAGUAUGGGGCAGUAGCCGCGGGAUGAGAAUUGGCAAACUUCCGUUCGCGAGGAGGCGAUAACCCGGAACCCCUUCCCGCGGCAACGCCGAUCUCUCUCGAGUCGAUACGGGAAUCCUGCGGCGAAUCAUGGCGAACGGCGAAAGUCCGGUACCGAAGCUUUAUUCGGUGGCGAUUGUGAUGCCAGACCACCCA